UAAACUGCCAGAUUUCACAUAAAGAGUCUGAAAGCACUUCAAAAUCAUUCUCGCAAUGCCUCCAAUCAGGACGCGAAAAGACCUUGCAUCAGGCACCAGAGCUGUUGCUAUACAGUCACCAAAUACACCCACAGAGCGAGAGUCGCGGCAACAUGCCCCAAUUAUAACACAAGCGCAAAAACAGGCUCUAAUAGACAACCUGCAACUUGAGAUCAAGGAGAGGGCGCGCAAACUACGCGCGCAAUACGCCCUUCAUGCUCAAGGUCUUCGCUCUCGUCUUGAAAUGAGGAUAAAUAGAAUACCUCAAAAUCUGCGCAACGCGAAUAUUGACGACCUAAUUGAGAAAUACGCAGAGCACCUCGAACCUCCCCAGCAACAAAAGCAGGCAUAUGGCGCAUCGAAGCCAACUUUAUCAAGGACAACAACCGCAGUAUCCAAAGAACCGAUUGCCACAGGAUCCAGCCCAAUGAGACGCGGACUUAAACGAGACAGUUCUGAAAUGAUGGAACAAUCCGACAAGGAAAAUAUUCAAGCCGGACUUGAUAUGCCAAAAAAGAGGGCGAAGACGGCAGACACUACAACUGUGGCUACUGCGGCAGGACCGGCUGUUCCGAGUAGAGGUACAUCGCGCAAGAUCGAUCCGUCCAAGGUCCUCUCCCCCAAGUCUCACAAUUCACGCACGUAUCCAAUCUCACCAGCUAAGGCUUCCCCAAGCAAACCUACCGUGGCAAGAUCAGUAUCACCUAUCAAACCUGGCACAGUUGCCGCAGCUACAGCUUCACUGGCCAGCCUGGUGGAUGGUCCGGCAAAGACAACCAAAUCCGCAGCAUCUUCAAGAAUCAUGAGCAAACAGGCUGCUCCGACUGGCACGGUACGCGGUAGAGGCGCACGGACGGGUACGAUGGCGCCUCCGCCCGUACCCAGUAAGGCUGCUGGUCGCGGUAGAGCUGCGAGCCAGAGCAGUCAGACCUCCGACUCAAGCGCUCAAACAACGAUUGUGCGGAAGGCGGGUAUUGUCAGAAAGGCUGUUAGCAAGGCGACAGGGUUGACCUCUGCUGCUUCCAAACGAACUGCGGGAGCGAGAAAUGGGAAAACUGAAAGCGUCCCUGCACCUUCAGCCGCGGGUGCUUGUGGUCGAACACUGAGAAGUAGGAGGUAGCAAGACCUCAACUAAGAGUUGGCAAAGUGAAGACAGCAUUCUGACGCAAUAUACCUGAGCCUCAAGUGAUGAAUGGAACCCAGUUGCAAACGAAUUAAAUUGUCGUGAUAGAUUUCUCCUCUGGAGGGAAUAUGAAAAUCAUAUAGGGAGUUCACACUCG